CAUUGGAAAAAUAAAAACAAACGCUCGUAGAUCCAGUGAAAUCCAGCGCCUAAUAUUUUUAAAUUAAAAAAAGGUGUCCAGUUUUAGAAACAUCAACUUAUUAUUUUAAUCUUACAUGGUUUGAAUAGAAAAAUUCGAAUAAAAUUGAUGGUUCUUGUAAUCCAAGUGUAUCCCCAAUGGCCGUUUGUAUCAAGCUGAAAUCCAGGAGCGGAGGACCAUCGCAAGAUUUUUCCAUCUACGAGUUUGCACAUUCCGGCAAGAAAAAUAUUCGCAAUAAAGCAAACAAACUGGUUAUCGAUACCGCGGACAAUGUUGCCCUGGACGAGGACGAGCUGGCGAAAAUGGCUUCCAGCGAGCAUCCAGAGUCAACUACGGACCAGACCGUGCAAUAUGCGGAUUAUGUGAUCGAUAUUUGGUUUCUCAUAUCCAACCAUAUUCGACCGGAAGAUACCUGUCGGUUUGCCUUAAUCUGUCGGAAAACGGCCGAAGUCAUUCAGUCGGCACAGUUUUGGCUGGCCCUCUACCGGAGACAUUACGAUCGCAAUGUUGAGCUACCCCGGCGACUUCAACCGGAAUGCAUGAGCCUGUUGCGAGGUCUUAGGCCCCGAAUAAUCCGAUCGUUAUUCUACAUGUACGCUCCGUUCGUUCAUCGAAUCGAGAGUGCUCCAUUUAGCGAUCCGCAUCGAAUCACCGGAAAACGGUUGCUUUUUUCAUGGAGCGUUAAAACCAGGACCGGAUGGAAUUAUUACUUUAAACUUAAAGCUCGUCUUAUACCCGGCAGUAGAACGGCGCGAUCAGAGUAUCUCCAACAAUCGAAGGAGUGUCUAAGUUACCUGCAGGAUAUCUAUGCAAACUUGGAGGAAGGUGGACAGAUUCUAGUAAUUUCUUCGGAUGUUCUUACCCUGGUACCGCAGUAUCACGAUCCAGUGUACGUGAAAUCGUUGACCCAAACGCUGGCCCAAGGCUUGACAAAGUACAAGGUACGACUACAGAUGGCUAACUAUUGUGGGCGGAUUUUGGACGAAACGAUAUUUGUUCCGGUGCGACAGGUGCAGUUGUUGGACUGGUGGAAUCCAGAAUACUAUCGGCAGGACCCAACAAUGCAGGAAGAUUCCGUUAAGGUAUCGGAUAAUGAGCUGAUGCCCGAACUAGAAGCCACUGAUGACAACGAUCGAGCGAUGUGGGACGAAUUGUAAAUAAUAAGAUUUUGUUAGCUAACA